UGUCGUUGCUGCAUUUCACCGCAGAGAAGAAAAUGUGGCGGAAACAAAAGAAUGUUUUGGUGGAAAAAAGGAAAACAAACGGCUGGAAUGUGAGGGUUUAACGGACUCGGUUUGUUUGUUUGUUGACAGCGGCAGCAUGGCUGAGGAGGAAUUGACAGCAGAGCGAGGACAGAAGGAGGAAGAGGAUCAGGAGAGAGAAGGAAGAGAUGAUGGAGGAGAGGUUGCCAUGGAAACCACUAAUGCUCCUGUAUACUGCAUCUGCAGAAAACCAGAUAUCAACUGUUUCAUGAUAGGGUGCGACAGCUGCACUGAGUGGUUCCAUGGAGACUGUAUUGGAGUGUCAGAAAAAGAUGCUAAGUCCAUCCGGGUGUGGUACUGUCCAUCCUGCAGAGACAGGGACUCCUCUCUGGAGAUCAAAUACCGUCCAAAGAAGACCAAGGAGAGGAGCGAGGCAGAGCUGGAUGGGGAAGACAGAUCUGAAGACGGGAGCUCCACCUCCCAGCCAAAGAUCGACAGGAGGCGUGUCUCGCAGAUUAAGCGUUCCGCCCGGAUGUGUGGCGAAUGUGACCCCUGUCUCCGGACUGAGGACUGCGGUCAAUGCGACUUCUGUAAAGACAUGAAGAAGUUUGGAGGUCCAAAUAAAAUCCGACAGAAAUGUCGACUGAGGCAGUGCGAGGUCCGAGCUCGGAAGAUGUUGCGUGUGAAAGAUGAGGAGAUGAACUGCGGUGGUCUCAGGGGGCGGGGAUUGCAGAGGAGUGGGGGAGGGCUUCAGACAGAGGAUGAGGAUGAUGAUGACGAUGAGGAUGAGGAAGAGUUCAGCGAGAGCGAGUUAGAGCUGUAUGAACAGUACAAAGCCGCCGGAUUCAAAGACCUGGUGUGGUACAGCGAGGAGGACGACGGUCAGCCAGAGUCUCUGAGGAAGAAAGCUGUGAAAGUGAAACACGUCAAGAGGCAAGAGAAGACGACGGAGAAGAAGCAGAAGGCUCUCGCUACUCCUAAGGAGGAAACCAAGCCUCGCCGACACAAGCAGAAGCAGCGCCACAGGGAGCGCGUGCGUCACAGUGAGCGGAGCAUAGAUGGAGGAGUUAAGGAGUCAGUUGGAGGUCAACGUCAGUGUUUGGGUCCCAGCUGUGUUGAGCCAGCGAGACUUAACUCCAAGUACUGUUCUGAGGACUGCGGCAUGAAGCUCGCCACCAAUCGUAUCUAUGAGAUCCUCCCUCAGAGGAUCCAGCAGUGGCAGCAGAGUCCAUGUGUUGCUGAGGAGAUGGGCAGAAAGCAGCUGGAGCGAAUCAGGAAAGAGCAACAGGCUGCCAGGCUCCGCCUCACUCUGAUGGAAAAACGAUUCCAUGAGCUGGAGAGCAUCAUCGCCAAUGCCAAACUGCAGCAGGUCCAACAGGAUGAAGAGGUGACUGAAGGUGACGGCGACGACACAGAUCUGCAGAUCUUCUGUGUUUCUUGCAGUCAUCCCAUCAACCCAAAGGUGGCGCUGCGACACAUGGAGAGAUGCUACGCCAAGUAUGAGAGUCAGACUUCAUUUGGUUCCAUGUAUCCUACACGCAUAGAGGGAGCCACCAGACUGUUCUGUGAUGUGUACAACCCUCAGAGUAAGACCUACUGUAAGCGGCUGCAGGUUUUGUGUCCUGAACACUCCAGAGAUCCAAAGGUCCCAGCAGAUGAGGUUUGUGGCUGUCCUCUGGUCAAAGACGUCUUUGAGCCAACUGGAGAGUUCUGCCGUGUUUCCAAGAGGAAGUGCAACAAGCAUUACUGCUGGGAGAAACUGCGCCGUGCAGAGGUGGACCUGGAGAGAGUCCGAGUGUGGUACAAGCUGGACGAGCUUUUUGAGCAGGAGCGGAAUCUGAGGACGGCGAUGACGAAUCGAGCGGGUUUACUGGCUCUGAUGCUGCACCAGACCAUCCAGCACGACCCGAUCACCACUGACCUCCGCUCGGCCAAGGACCGCUAGACAAUCAUAGACGCUGUUCCUGGACGCUUUUUAACCCAUCACUGAGACUGAGAAUGUUUUAAUCUGAACGCUCAAACCUCCAAAGUGGGAAUGACAAGUUCACUGUUUACAUCUUCAUAAAAUAUCAGA